GCGGCCGGGGCGAUGCUGUCGGGGGGGAAGAAGGCCGCGGAGGCGGCGGCGGGCGGCGAGGGCGGACCUGAGGCGCCAGUGCCUCCGCCCGCCGCCGCGGGGGCCCUGGGCCCCUCUGCCGAGGGCGGCGGGGCCGCGGAACGCACUCCCCGCAAGAAGGAGCCUCCGCGGGCCUCGCCCCCGGGCGGCCUGUCCGAGCCGCCGGCCGCCGGUGCCGCCCCUGCACCCGGCGCCGAAACCACUGGCAUCGCCGAGACCCCCGAGGGUCGCAGGACUAGCCGCCGCAAGCGGGCCAAAGUGGAGUAUAGAGAGAUGGAUGAGAGUCUUGCAAACCUGUCAGAAGAUGAAUAUUACUCUGAAGAAGAGAGAAAUGCUAAAGCUGAGAAAGAGAAAAAACUACCACCACCACCUCCACCAGCUCCUGCAGAAGAAGAGAAUGAAAGUGAGCCGGAGGAGCCAUCUGGGCAAGCAGGAGGACUUCAAGACGACAAUUCUGGAGGGUAUGGAGACGGCCAAGCAUCAGGUGUGGAGGGUGCAGCUUUCCAGAGUAGACUUCCACAUGACCGUAUGACAUCUCAAGAAGCUGCCUGCUUCCCUGAUAUAAUCAGUGGGCCACAGCAGACUCAGAAGGUGUUUCUGUACAUCAGGAACCGCACCCUACAACUCUGGUUGGAUAACCCAAAGAUUCAGUUAACAUUUGAGGCAACUAUCCAACAACUAGAAGCACCUUAUAAUAGUGAUACAGUGCUCGUUCACAGAGUACACAGCUAUCUGGAGCGGCAUGGUCUAAUCAACUUUGGUAUCUACAAAAGAGUGAAGCCUCUUCCAACCAAGAAGACUGGAAAGGUGAUCAUUAUUGGUUCUGGAGUCUCUGGGUUGGCAGCAGCUCGCCAGUUGCAGAGUUUUGGAAUGGAUGUCACAGUUCUAGAAGCCAGGGACCGAGUUGGAGGAAGAGUUGCUACCUUUCGCAAAGGGAACUAUGUUGCUGAUCUAGGAGCAAUGGUGGUAACAGGACUUGGAGGAAAUCCCAUGGCUGUGGUCAGCAAACAAGUGAAUAUGGAAUUAGCUAAGAUCAAACAAAAAUGCCCGCUUUAUGAAGCAAAUGGACAAGCUGUUCCAAAAGAGAAAGAUGAAAUGGUGGAGCAAGAAUUUAAUCGUCUGCUGGAAGCCACAUCCUAUCUCAGUCAUCAGCUGGAUUUUAAUGUUCUCAAUAAUAAGCCUGUAUCCCUAGGUCAGGCCCUGGAGGUUGUCAUACAAUUGCAAGAGAAACAUGUGAAAGAUGAACAGAUUGAACAUUGGAAAAAAAUUGUGAAAACACAGGAGGAAUUGAAAGAUCUUCUUAACAAGAUGGUGAAUUUAAAAGAAAAGAUUAAAGAACUUCAUCAACAGUAUAAGGAAGCAUCAGAAGUGAAGCCACCUCGGGAUAUUACAGCAGAGUUCCUUGUGAAAAGCAAACACAGAGAUCUGACUGCACUUUGCAAGGAAUAUGAUGAAUUGGCAGAGACACAAGGAAAGCUGGAAGAGAAGUUACAAGAACUUGAAGCCAAUCCACCAAGUGAUGUUUAUCUGUCAUCAAGAGACAGGCAAAUACUUGACUGGCAUUUUGCAAACCUAGAAUUUGCUAAUGCUACACCCCUGUCUACGCUUUCACUGAAGCACUGGGACCAGGAUGAUGACUUUGAAUUCACAGGCAGUCACUUGACUGUGAGGAAUGGGUAUUCCUGUGUGCCUGUAGCCUUGGCAGAAGGGUUGGAUAUUAAAUUAAACACAGCAGUUCGACAGGUUCGCUAUACAGCAUCAGGCUGUGAAGUGAUAGCUGUAAAUACCCGAUCUACUAGCCAGACUUUCAUUUACAAAUGUGAUGCUGUGCUGUGUACUCUUCCCUUGGGAGUAUUGAAACAGCAGCCUCCAGCAGUACAGUUUGUGCCACCUCUUCCCGAGUGGAAAACUUCUGCAGUGCAGCGUAUGGGAUUUGGCAACCUUAACAAGGUUGUGUUGUGUUUUGAUCGUGUCUUCUGGGAUCCGAGUGUCAAUUUGUUUGGUCAUGUUGGUAGCACUACUGCAAGCAGAGGAGAACUUUUCCUGUUUUGGAACCUGUACAAAGCACCAAUUUUGUUGGCUUUGGUAGCAGGAGAAGCAGCAGGGAUCAUGGAAAAUAUCAGUGAUGAUGUCAUUGUUGGAAGGUGCCUUGCUAUCCUCAAAGGCAUAUUUGGUAGCAGCGCUGUGCCCCAGCCUAAAGAGACGGUGGUGUCCCGCUGGCGUGCUGAUCCAUGGGCCCGAGGAUCGUACUCCUAUGUAGCAGCUGGAUCUUCUGGAAAUGACUAUGAUUUGAUGGCUCAGCCAAUUACUCCAGGGCCAGCCAUUCCAGGUGCUCCUCAGCCUAUUCCUCGCCUGUUUUUUGCGGGAGAACAUACAAUUCGCAACUACCCUGCAACUGUUCAUGGUGCUUUACUGAGCGGACUGAGAGAAGCCGGUCGCAUCGCAGACCAGUUUCUUGGGGCCAUGUAUACUUUGCCUCGUCAGCCUACGGCUGGGGUCCCCCCACAACAAGCUACCAGCAUGUAAGAAAAGUAGAAGGUAUCAGAAGAGGAGUGACAAGACCACAGUGCUGCUGUUGUGGACUCUUUGGGAUGAAGAUAUUCACGUAGGCUGGAACAGUAUCUGCUGAGAGGACUCAGCCAUGAGUUACUGCGUAAUACUUCCACUAGAAUGGCCUUACAAAAACUUACCUAACCUUUGGCUUGGCGCAUCCUUUUACAGAAUCUCUUACAGCUAUUUGAAGUGUCAGUGUACACAGAAUCCUUUACUGCCAAGCUAGUCAGGGACUUUUUUGACUCUGCAGUUACAUUUUGAAAGUCAGACUUAAAGCUGGAAGGGGUUUUUUGAGAUUUUGGGUUGGGAUUUUUCCCUACCUAUAUGUCUAUUUACAACUCGGUAAUUGCACAAGGCCCUCUAGAAGCUGGUUGCUACGAAUAGUAGCUUAGUGUAGAAUUUAUAUAAACUUCUUUGGGGUUUUAAAUUUUUAUUGUUUUAUUUUGAAGAAUAAUAUUUUUUGACCAAUUCUAUCUGGCAUUUGAGAAUUUGGUACAACUGUUUCCCCACCAGUAACAGCAAAUCACACCCCUCCAAAAUGGUCCUUUGGCUGCUACACCGUAUGCAUCCUGUUUUAGAAAGAAAGCUGAUAUUGCUAAGAGUGUGCUAAGAAUACUGUUUUAUUAAAUACUUUCAACAGAAGAAAUCAUCAGAAUUGUAUAUUUAUAAGUUAAAAGCUAGAAAUAUUGUUCGUAUUUGUUCUUCUGUAGAAACAGAGUUGUCUAGACAGUAAGUUAGGCAGGAGGCCUGAUCUCUUGACUUCUGCAUGCUGCAGUUAGACAUUCUGUGUACCUGUUGAUUUCAUUUCUGCUAGGUUGAUGAGAUGAUGGUGCAGCUGCCACUGUUAUGCUUCUGAAAAUCACUUUGGUUUGGCUGCUUUUCCAAAUAUUUUCCUUAUUAAUUCAGCACAUAGAGCCUGCCUUUCAUUGCAUAGAGCAGUCUUAUUUAAACAUUUAGGUCCUUUUUCCUCCUUCUCCUUUCCUCAUUUAGCAUUACACUUUUCUUAUUUCUUCCAACUUUUCUCAUCUUCCUAUUUCUACUUUUCAGUUUUUCUGUUCUCACUCUUUCUGACCCCAUAUCUGUAAAUGUGCUGUCUGUCCCAACUUUCUUCUGUCCUUUCACCAUCUGUUCUGCUGGAGGAUCAGUACCUCCUCUUGUUUCAUGCUCAUCCCUCUACAAUUACAUUGCCCACACUUCUUCCUGAAGAAAAUACAUACACAAACAUAACAGCAGCCCUUAGUUGUUUAUAGCUGUAUUGUGUUUGGCCAUGGACUCUCAAUCUUCUAGCAUCAUUGCUUCUACUGUUUAUUUGUGUCUCCUUAGUAGCUGGAGAUCACUGUUCCAUCUGACCAUGUCUAUUGCCUUCUGGUUCCUCUCUCAUUAGAUGUUGGAGUCAGCGAGGGCCUUCUCUCCAUUGGUAGUCCUGACAAGCUGUGAGAAAGGGGAGGACUCUGAUGUGGCAGGGGUAAUACUCUGUGAUAGGGCACAGACUUUUAAGUGUCAAGGAUUAAGCCCGUUUGAAGUGGCUGGAGUUGGUGCCAUGGGGGACCCUCUAUCCUGAACUUCUGUCUAAAUUAGUGCUACCUGCCCUAUAUCUCUAACUUUGCAAAUGUUGUUGUCACUUGAGCCCUUUAUUGAAAGGGGUACUCCUCAGCAACACUGCUCAUCCUUGCUGUUCCUUCUGGGGAACAAGACAGACUUUGUGAUGGUUGGUCAGAAAACUGUCAGUGAAGUGGGGCAGGAAUUAGAAUUCCAGCAGGGCAUGGAGGAGGGGUGUCUAGGGAGUGACGGCAAGUAAAUUGAAAGUAACCUGAGACUCAAGACUCCAUGCCCUUAUGUUCAGGUAAAAGCCUCUCAGCACUACUACCCAGUGAAAUCUUAUUCCAGGAUGAGGGAUGUGACAGGCCUUUAAAAUUCAGCAACAACUGAUCUAGUCUGUUGACUAGUCUGGCUGAAGAUGGGAAAAGGAUCUGAGAGUUAGGGUGCUAUGUUCUAUAACCAGGCUUCCAGCCUCUAUGGGUCUCCAUAUUUGUGGGGUGGUUUACUACUGGGCUUAGUGAUGGUGCUGUCUUUUGCCAUAAGGACUGUCAUCCCAUUUGCUUUAGCAAAGUGUCAAAAACUCAGAAGAGCACUUCUGGCCCAUUGGAAAAUAAAAUAAUCCUCAACCUAA